UUGUGUUUCAGGUGUAGAGAGGAGAGAGUGAACAGGGAGCGGGGCUUUUGUCUGUUGGUCUUCCUGGACUGAAGAGAGGGAGGGUGCAAGGCCAAGACUGUUAACGAUUCUCAAAAUGGUUUAUUACCCAGAGCUCUCUGUCUGGGUCAGUCAAGAACCAUUUCCAAAUAAGGAAAUGGACGGAAGGCUUCCUAAGGGAAGACUUCCUGUCCCAAAGGAAGUGAACCGCAAGAAGGAUGAGCAGAUUGGGGCCGCCUCCCUGACUCCACCUGGCAGCAUUGAAUUCCACUCCCCAGGCAUCGGUUACCUCCACCCUUUUUAAUCAUCACACCUCCAUUUGUAUUACAUAUGGUGUAUGGGUAUUGAUGAGGUCAUGGUAUCAUAUAUGGGAUUUUUUUCUGUGUAAAUCAUCAAGUAUAAGAAGAAACUAUGGGACUCUGAGCCUUGCUUUAGAGAAUUUACAGUGGACAAAUAGGUAUCAUCAAACCAGUUUUUAAUCAUUCUGACUCAAGUGAAACCGCUCAGAAUUUCACACUGUGAAUCCACGUUUACAACCCUUACAGGUGGGCCUUCAGGCCUGGUUCUCGACAACGAUGUCUUCCACAACUCAAACUCCCUCUGCUCUCACACAACCGGUUCACUCCUGCCUUUUCACUCACACAGCUCCCGACUGCUUCUCGCAGAGGCUGAGAGUCCCCAUUUUUUUUUUUUCAUUUAGAUGUAACAAGCCUAGUAGUUUAUGUUCAUCGAUUGUCUGUAUAUCUAUAUUUUAUCCAUGUACUCUUUUGAUGUAUAGAAGUAGUUUGAAACUCAUUGUUUCCUUGUGGUAAGUGACCGAGAUGCUGCCACAGGACCUGAGACACUGAUGAAUGGUGCUAUUUUGGACUUUCAACAUGCUCCUUGGCGAGGUAGCUCUGAUGGAGUUAUAUUUUAUUUCCAUGUUCUAAGAAGGUGUUGGUACUCUGUUUCCCUGAAUGUUGUUCUCUAGACUGGAUUGACUUGUUUUCCUCGUGUCUUCAGUGUGGCUUUCUUCUUCAGCGUUGUAGGCUGAGUGAACGCUACCAGAGUGAGAGACUCACGUCUCGCCAGCUGGCGCUCACGGACGUGCAGUCCCUGGAGCGGGAGCAAUCACAAAACUGUAAUUUACUUACCAAAUCUCUUCUUUCCGGUAGCCUCGCCUGCCUAGCUUAGAGAAAGAAAAGCAAUACUUUGACAGGCGUUUUUAGGUGUCUCUUUUGGUUCUUUUUGUUUGAAAGGAUAUUUGGGGGAAAAAAGGGCAAAUGUUUCAAAUAAAGGCCCUCUGGGAAAAAAAAAUCCAAAAAAACUGGCAUCUGAGUCGAAUCUGAAAAUUACAGCUUUCCCAAAAAUUAAGUUGGAAAAAAAUGUCUUUAUAAAAUUUAAAAAAAGGCAGAGCACUCUUCUUUGGCAGUUUUGCUAAGCAAGGUGUAGAUUUUACAUUUUUGUCCUUGCUCCCAAUGAAAUGGAUAAACAAAAAUAAAACCAGACAAUACCAUCUACUCACGGAUUGUUGUUGUGUUAGCCAGUCUGAAAGCCCACCUUAAUUUUUAUAUAACUGUCUUUUAGCUCUUCCUUUGACAGGGCAGGCUGUGUUCUGCACUGUUCCGCUUCUGACUGUUAACACGGAUGAUGCAUGCACUGCACUUCUUCGUUCUCUUCUUGCUCCCGCAUUGGCCUGAGUUUCUUGUGCAUUUUCCUGCUCCCUCCUUUGUUAGAGUAGGUGUAUCAGCUGUGUAAAUAAUAAACAGUAUUCUGCAUCUGUGGCAUUUAUGUAGAGUUGCAGUUGUGCACUGCUGAAAAUGCAGGCUUUUGUAACAAUGUGAUCUUUACUGAUGCACUCACAAUAAGUACCCAGUGUAUUUUAGCUAUUUUAGUAGUAUUUGUUCAAUAAAUAUGCAAGC